AUGGCACCUGUCAACGUUGUCCACCUACCCAACGGCCAGAAUCUCACAGUAACGCCGGUAUUUGGUGGUCUUUUCUUUAAAUCCAGCGACAUACAAACCCAUUCGCAUUUCCCGCCUGGUUGGACAGUCGUGCUCAAUUCGGAAGAUGAAGCUGCCAGCGAAGAACAUGAGCAACAGCUGCAGCCGCAGGGGGGUGAAGAGGACCUAUUUCCUCCGCGUCGUGUGCAUCGGUUCAAGCGACCAACACUAACUGGCGACCAUCUCUACAUAUCGUCCAUCUCGAAUCCGAGUAGCAAUGAGUUUAGGCCCGCUGCGUCGCCGACGCGCCAAAUCGCCAUGAUGCUGUGGGCGACACUGUACUGGUAUUUCCACCAGCCCGAGCCAACGCUGCAGGUCACAAACACACUGUCCAAGAACACGGCUGAUGCAGGCAAGCCCAAAGGAGAGUGGCGCAUCAACAUCAACAGAGAAGGCGUGUUCAAGGGCAGGGUCGUGCUGCCCAAGCUCGAGCGCAUGGGUCUUAUAGCCACCGAGGAUUCAACAGUGGGCUGCGCCCAAGACGAAUCCUCACCCGAAGGCUGGUCGCGCAUGUUCGUUAGCCGGAGAACCUUUUGGCAGUUGGAUCCCAGAAUCUACCUCUUUACACUUUCGCCGUUGGCCACACCCUUUCCAACAGCUUCACCGUAUCCUUCGCGACCAGCGUCACCCGCCGCUGUAGCUGACUCGAAAAAAGAACAGCAGACGGAGCAGGUCUCACAAGGCCUGUGGUCGCCCACCGCACCGGGUCCCUUCCACUCGAGCUCGCACUUACCCACCUACUAUCCUCCGCCCCCAGCGCAGUAUGUCUUCACGAACAAUACCCGUCACCCCAUACGUCCGAAGCCACCGCGGCAGGGUGAGGUACUAUACACGAGAUACAUUCCUAGCGUUGGGCAAUACCUAUCAUUCCGUGUGGCUUCGCUUUCAGCAAAGGCAGUGCGUCAUCAAGGUCCUGUGUCUGACCAGGUGCCUAAUCCGCAUCGACUGAGUGGCACUGCCGCACCCGAUUCCCCGACCUCUGCGGCGAACAAUGGCAUGUCUGAUGUGGAAUACCUGCACAAGUGGAUGAACGAUGCCCGCGUCUCACACUUUUGGGGUGAAGCAGGCCCUCAGUCGCACCAGGAAGAAUUUCUCAAGAACGGCUUGCGGUCGAAAAAUUCUUUCCCUGUCAUCGGGUGUUGGGAUGGAAAACCUUUUGGCUACUUUGAGAUCUAUUGGGUCAAGGAGGAUAACCUUGGCAAGUAUUUGCCUAUAGUUGGUGAUUACGAUAGAGGCUUUCAUUGUUUGGUGGGCGAACAGGAGUUUCGGGGUCCGCAUAGGAUCAGGAUAUGGCUAAGCGCGCUAGUCCACUACUGUUGGCUUGCGGACAACCGGACUGAAAGAGUCAUGCUCGAGCCAAGGGUCGACAACGAAAAGCUUGCAAACUAUCUUCAAGAAGCCGGCUUCUACAAAGAGCGCGAGAUCAGUCUCCCUCACAAGCAGAGCAACCUAUUCAAGAUCAAUCGCGACGUGUGGCGAGGGCCGGCACUAUGA